UGGCUUAUCUCGGUGCAGGAUGUGUGACCGAGCCGGGACCGCGGUGCCCUCGUCAGCAGCAGCAGGCCACGGUUCGCAGGUGUCCUGUGAAAGGCGGCAGGAGAAACUCACACAGAGGUGGUGCUAACAGCUGCCUAGGGCCAGGUGGGGGAACACAGACCCUGACCCUGGGAAAGCGGCGGAGGCACAGGCCUAAAGAAAAGCAUUCGGCAGCUACAAGGAAGGAGUAAUACAGCGGCUCGCAAACAGCGAAUGGGUGCGAGGUGUGUCCGGCUGUUGGUAUGGGAAUAUUGGCACCCUCGCUUACGGAGACCUUCCAAUUACUAUCCAUAUCUAGUAUAAAAGGAUUCCAGGGAUUUCCCCAAAACGUAAUCGAGAACUUUAUAAAUAAAGCAAAAGACUUGGAAGCGUCCGGCAGCGAAGCAGACGAGCCCUUUCGGGGGAUGGUUAAGGUUGUCAAAAUUAGCCCCCAUUUUCUUCGGCCGGCCAGCCUAUUCAGGGCCCCCGCCAUCAGACGAGGCCCUAAGCCGAGAAGCCCCUUACCGGCCUUUUUGGCUCUGGGGCGCCCCGGUCCCGUUCCUUCCGGAAAGGGGACUCUGAUUUCGGCACUGCCUAAGCGCCAUGGGGACAGCAGCGACUUGGAGAGUAAGAGGAGACAGGGACUGUCGAUGUGGCAAAGAGCGAUGGAGAAAAGCAGCCAAGGCAAGGAAGGGCUGGCAUUGCCCGUUAACCUGAAGGACAUCUCCAAACAAAACUGCGUCGCUGUUCCUUUCGUCCAGCGGGUGACAGAGGCAGGUUGCGAGACUGUGACAGUGCACAAUAAAUUGUGCUUUGGCCAGUGCAGCUCGUUGUAUAUUCCGCCUGGCGGGGAGUCCGCUGGAGCUGCGCCCGGCGGAAAUCAGCGCGCCCCUCCGUGCGCCCGCUGCGCCCCUUCGCGCUCCCGCUACGUGACGGUGCCGCUGCGUUGCCGAGGAACGACGCGGGAGCGCGAGAGGCGCGUGAUGAUCGUGGAGGAGUGCGCGUGCGAAACAGGUCUGGAGGAAGGUCCCGCGGAGGGGAUGGCGAUCCCAUACCUGAAACACUGACAUUCCUGAAUGAAGAGGGAUUUCUGUUAAUAAUGGUGGCUUACAAAAAAUUGGACCCACUACCAGUGCAGACACCUGAUAAACGUGCAUUAUCAGAAAUUAUUAUAUUAUUAUAAGAAAUGUAAAUGCCAGAAGACAUGGAAGCAAAAAGCUACCAUUUAAAUGUUCGCAGACACGUGACCCAAAAUAUUUGGCUCAUUAGAUUCUUCGUUAAACUCUGAUAACAAGUGGCCUGGCCCAUACUGUAAAUGUAGUGUCAUCCAAAUUGGAUGGUAUGUUGUACAAUGUCCAAUGUGGAGAUAAUUAAAACCUGUCUUUCUGUCAUUAACAAAAAGGCACACCACAACCUGCAAGCACUGCCCAGAACAGCUGCAGUACUUUAUCUCUUGCUGAAUCUAAUAUUUUCCAUCUUAUAUUGAUGUACCACUGUCAUUGUUGUCAGACAAUGUAGUUAAUUGCGAAUUAUAUAUCUGACUCAAAAUUGGCCUCUUCCCGUUGGCCCUAUUUUUGACAAAGGCAGAUGUUGCUGUGCAUUUGAGCAAUAAAACAUCCUUGUCCAAGAGAAUGCUUCUGUUCCACUUUCGACAAGACGGGAAACAGCCUGCAGAAGCCACGGUGGAUAUUGCAAAGUCAUUGAGACCUAUAGUAUCCAUAUUACUGCAGGAAAGCCAGUUGGCAGGCCAGAACAAAUACUGUUUUCUUACAAAAAGAUAAAGGUCAUCGGAAAAAAAACCAACCAUAACUGUCCAAAUAUAUGAGUCAUUUGGGAGCUGCCUAGAUGCUGGCUACUACUACACCACAUAAUCAUCCUUUUUUGUGGGGAUUCUCCUGGCUGUGGAAGUUGGAGGUGGGUAUGUUUCCUAGAUAAAUCGCUGCCCUAAUGCGGACGCGGAUUACAGUCGCCAUUAGCUAGCCGCUAAUGCUACCGGCUUGGCAGCGCUUCCUGCGACGCCCACUCCAUCUGGCUGUCAGAGCGGGCCGCAGUUUCCUAGCUAACUAUGAAACGCAUGAGUCAUCGCAGGUAGAAUGUAACCUCUCGAAAACAUGUGCAGAUUAAGAUACGCGGCAAUAUAUAAACCUAUACGCCGACGUAACCCUUCAUGCAGAGGUGCAAAAGACUCAAUUACCGAAAUAUACACUUCGCAUUUUACAGUUCAUGUUGCAUAUGCGCAGGCCAAGCACCUGAAUAUAAUUACUAGACCUCCUUCACUGCACCCAGCCGAAGCCUGGCAUCUGUUGUGACAUGACUGCAGUGCAGUCAAAGCUAAAUAUGAAGCUAAUGCGUCUAGCUACUGACAAAUGAAUGUGUUUAGCAGUUUCGCACUUGUCUAGUAUUGUACACACCUAAUAAGUGCCACCUGUUAGUCUGGCUAUGUGCCAGGGGUAAUUCGCAUGCAUUUUCCACUAUGCCAUGUGUCUGAGCUCUCAACAAAGGACACAGGUAGAAUUUCCUGAACAGAUUCCUGCUGGACAGUACAUUGAACUACUGGCACUGUGCAGCAAAAGCCGAAUAAAAUACGUUUUUGGCACUUUUUAAUGAAUCCCUCCCUUCCAGAAAAAUCUCCAGGAUAAAUGGUCCAGGUGCUUUAUUGAAAAUAUGUUUCCCCUUAGCGCUGAAUAUUACCGGGGGAAAAAAAAAAAUUAUCCACCACAGGAGCCCUUCGCAAAUUGGAAAAAAGCAGGACUUUUGCUAC